UUUGUCCACUUUGGAUUCUCUUCUUCAUUCACACCUCUUCCAAUUCCCUCUUCUUCUGCCCCUUAGUCCUCACUCUUCUCUGUCUUUUUCCUUCUUUCUUGCAUCUGUCACUGACCCUCUUUGUAACUUCACAAAUUUCUAGUGAUUCUUUGAUAUUUUGGUCUAAAAAUCUGACCUUUAUGCAAUUUGAUCUUUCUUGGUUAAUGGGUCUUGCUAAAAUCUUGCAAUAAAGUCAAUAAUUGCUACUGUGUCAGUUUUCAACUUUCUUGCAUUUCACUGUUUCUAAGGCCAAAAUUUAAGCUUACCCUCUUUGUAACUUCACAAAAAUUUCGUGACAUAUUGAUAUUUUGGCCUAAAAAUCUCAGCUUUAUGCAAUUUGAUGUUCAUUCUCUAAUGGGUUUUGCUUAAAUCUAGCAAUAAAGUCAAUUCUUGCAAACUUUCUUGUUAACUUCAUCCUGUUUUUCUCCCUUUAAUCCUCACUAUACUGUGUCAGUUUUUCUACUUUCUUGCAUUUCACUGUUUACCCUCUUUGUAACUUUCACAAAAUUCUCAAGACUGAUUGUAUUUUGGUGUGAAAAAACUCACCUUUGUACAAUUUGAUCUUCACUAGCUAAUGGGUUUUGCUAGAAUCUAGCAAUGAGAUCAAAUCUUGCAAGUUUUCCCAGUACCAUUCUUGUAUGGUUGAUCAUAUUAUCCUGUUUUUGCAAGUCAACAUUUGCCAACACUGAGUUUGACUUUGGAACAUUAACACUUAGUAGCCUAAAGCUUCUUGGUGAUGCACAUUUGGGUAACAACACUGUGAUGUUAACACGUGACUUAGCAGUACCAAAUUCUGGUGCUGGAAAAGUCUUAUAUUCAAAACCAAUAAGAUUCAGGCAACCAGGGAUUGAUUUUCCAGCAAGUUUCUCAACAUUUUUCUCAUUUUCAGUGAGUAAUUUGAAUCCAUCAUCUAUUGGUGGUGGUCUUGCAUUUGUACUAACACCAGGUGAUGAAUUAGUCGGUGAUGCUGGUGGAUAUAUGGGAAUCUUGGAUGCUAAAGGGACACAAAUUGGUACAAUUGCUGUUGAAUUUGAUACACUUAUGGAUGUUGAGUUUAAAGAUAUUAAUGGAAAUCACGUUGGUUUGGAUUUGAAUUCAAUGGUUUCAACUCAAGUUGGUGAUUUGGAAUCUAUUGGUGUUGAUUUAAAGAGUGGUGAUUUGGUUAAUUCUUGGAUUGAAUAUUCUGGUUCUAAUGGAGAGAUGAAUAUAUUUGUGUCUUAUUCUAAUCUUAAGCCAAAAGAACCAUUUUUAUCAGUUAGUAUUAAUAUUGCUGAGUAUGUUAAUGAUUUCAUGUUUGUUGGUUUUUCUGGUUCAACUCAAGGGAGUACUGAGAUUCAUAAUAUUGAAUGGUGGAGUUUCAGUUCAUCAUUUGAUGUUAGUCCUAAGUCGUUGGCAGCAGUGCCACCGCCGCCAACGGCUAGUUUGAUGAACCCAACGGCGAGUUCUGCCAAGUCGCCGCCACCUUCGUUGGGUCCAUCAGAGUCUAAUAGUAGUACUAAUGUAUUCCAAGAUAAGAGCAGUGGGAAAUGUCAUAACAAUUUUUGCAAACAAGGUCCUGGUGCUGUUGUUGGUGUGGUAACUGCUGGUGCAUUUUUUCUUGCAUUUGCUACAUUGGUGCUUAUUUGGUUAUACUCGAAAAAGUUCAAGAGAGUGAAAAAUUCUGAAGUUUUGGCAUCUGAUGUUAUCAAAAUGCCUAAGGAGUUUAGCUACAAAGAGCUUAAAUUGGCUACAAAAGGUUUCAAUUCGACGAGAAUUAUAGGCCAUGGUGCAUUUGGGACUGUUUACAAGGGCAUUUUAUCGGAUACCGGUGGCAUUAUAGCAGUCAAGAGGUGUAGUCAUAAUGGACAAGGGAAAGCAGAGUUCUUAUCUGAGUUAUCUAUAAUUGGAACACUUAGGCAUAGAAAUCUUGUUAGGCUUCAAGGAUGGUGCCAUGAGAAAGGUGAAAUUUUGUUGGUGUAUGAUUUGAUGCCUAAUGGGAGUCUUGAUAAGGCGUUAUUCGAAUCAAGAAUGGUUCUUCCAUGGUCACAUAGGCGAAAAAUCUUGCAAGGUGUUGCUUCUGCUUUAGCAUAUUUGCAUCAAGAAUGCGAAAAUCAAGUAAUCCAUAGGGACAUUAAGUCAAGUAACAUUAUGUUGGAUGAAGGGUUCAAUGCAAGAUUAGGAGAUUUUGGAUUAGCAAGGCAAGUUGAGCAUGACAAGUCGCCUGACGCAACGGUAGCAGCCGGGACAAUGGGCUACUUGGCUCCUGAGUACUUGUUAACGGGUAGAGCAACAGAAAAAACCGAUGUGUUCAGCUACGGAGCGGUGGUUCUUGAAGUGGCAAGUGGAAGGAGGCCAAUUGAGAGGGAAACAACUAGAAUUGAGAAAGUUGGAGUGAAUAACAACUUGGUUGAAUGGGUUUGGGGGUUGCAUAGAGAAGGGAAUUUGCUAAAUGCAGCUGAUUCAAGACUUUGUGGUGAGUUUAGUGAACAAGAAAUGAGAAGGGUUCUAAUGGUUGGUUUAACUUGUUCACAUCCUGACCCUAUGGCUAGACCAACAAUGAGAACUGUUGUCCAAAUGUUGGAAGGUGAAGCUGAAAUCCCUAUUGUACCAAGGACUAGACCUUCUAUGAGUUUUAGCACAUCACAUCUUUUAAUGACUUUGCAAGAUAGUGUUUCUGACUUGAAUGGUUUGAUCACACUUUCACCUUCAUCAUCUGAAAAUAGCUUCACUGGUGGUGGCAAUGGCAUUGACUUGGUCUAGUUCAAGUCAAGAAAAGAGCAUCAACUUUUAGUUAUCUUUUUUGUUUUGUUCAUAAAUUCAUUAAUUUAAUUAUUGAUAUAUAUGAAAUGUAUUUUCUUCCCUUUUGCUUU